AUGCCAGGUGAGGCGGCACAGAUGGGUCCAAGUGAUGCAUUUAAUUUUGAUGCAGCCUAUGCUUACAUCAUUGCCAUCAACCAGCUUCUUCAUUUGGGAAGAGAUCCCAGUGAGAUACAAGGCCAAGUUCUUUUGGAGGAGAUGCGUCGAUUGCGUUUCACCGGCGCCUCAGGUGAGGUCAGUUUUGAUGAGAACGGCGACCGUUUUGGCACCUAUCAACUCAUUAACAUGCAGGGCGAGGGCGGCACAAGGGCGAUUGUCACAGCCUCCUACAGCUCUCUCACUGCGAAUUUCCAAUUUCUCAAUCAGUUGGUGUGGACGGAUGGUUCAGUGGGGAUGCUGCCCCCUCCAGAACUGCAUGCGUGUGACCCCGGUUUCUACCAGGAAGGGGAGUCCAGACAAUGCAAGAAAUGUCCAAGGGGCAUGUUCUGCGUCGGGGGGUCUACUCCUUUGCCUACGUCCUGUCCGAGAGGUGCGUUUGCUCCUGACAUUGGAAUGAUGAAUUGUACUCCCUGUCCUAGAGGUAGCUUUGCCCUGGACGCAGGCUCACUGGAAUGCAUUCCUUGCCCGCCUGGCACUGAGGGGCCGCAGGAAGGUAUGGAGACAUGCACCAGGUGCAGCUCAGGUUUCUACAUGCCAUCAGCUGGGAGCUCUCAAUGUUUGCCUUGUGGAAAGAUGCAGAUGACUCCACAGAUUGGUUCCACAAGCGAGACUGACUGCCGCUGUCCGGAGCAUUCCUUCAUGUGCGGGGAGCGAGGUUGCAUACCGUGUCCCAGCGGGCUGUAUUGCCCUGAAGGUUUGGGUCCUCCUGAACAGCAGGGUGGUUUCUGGGCAGACCCAAACGUUUCCCAAUGCGACUUCUCUGUCUUGCGCUGCCGAGAUCAGUUUGAGUGCCCUCCCGGAAUGUUAGGAAGAUGCUCCGUCGGGAGAGAGGGGCUAGCUUGUAACAACUGCCAGGCCAGCCACUAUCCCCAAGGCUCAGUAUGCGAGCAGUGCCGGGAGGGCGACACGCUGCCGGUCAUUUUGCUCAUCCUGUUCCUCCUUUGUGUCUUGUUCUUCAUCAGUGUUUCACGCUGGGACCCGAGCCAGGUGAGUUUGAACACGGUGACGGCGGCUUCAGUCACCGGCCAGCUCAUCAUGGCUAUGCAGGCAUUGGGUUCCAUCCGGGAACUCUCAAUCCAAUGGCAGCAACCAGUAAGGACAUUGAUCGACCUCACCAAGAUCAUGAUGUUCGACUUCCAUUUCGUCCGAACUUCUUGCUUCUUUGGAACAGACAGUCCAGUGCUGUAUUUUGUCAGUCGCCUGCUCACAUGUCCCAUUGCUUGCAUUCUUCUAGUAUGCAGUUGGGUGCUGAACAAGAUGCUCGGGCGGCGCAAACCAUUCAACACUGUCAUGAACCAGUGUGGAUUGUUGAUCUUCGCUUUCUUCCUGUCCAUCACCCGCAGCACACUGAUUCCUUUUCAGUGUGUGACCAGCCCAAAUGGAAGUAGCUCAAUGUUGCUGCACCCGGGCAUUAUUUGUUUUGAGUCGAAAGAUCAUGCACUUUUCGUGUGGCUUGCAGUUGCAGGAAUAGUGACUCAGCCUGUGGCCGUCCUUGGGUUGGCAACCUAUGUCAUUUGCAGCUAUCCAUCGCAAGUAGCCAGUGGGAAGGGGCAGCGCUUCGCAACUCGAUACCGCUUCCUGCUCCACCGAUUUAAGCCUGAUGCGUACUACUACGGCUUGGUGCUGCUCUAUCGUAAUGCUUUGGUUGCUCUGAUGCCUACUGUUCUGGUUGGUAUUCCGGAAGUUCAAGUGCCACUCAUGGGCAUGAUCUUGAUUGCCGUCCAGAAUCUUCAGAUCCACACAGCUCCAUGGCGCACAGGGUUGGCCAAUCUGGUGGAUGUUCUUUUGACCGACCUUCUUCUGGUAAUUUUACUGAGCGCUGGGCCCUUGCUACUGACAGACAAGACACAGUCCGCAACAGUGCUUGGCUGGCUUCUUUGCAUACCAGUUCUUUCCAUGUUGCUUGUGGCUUUAGUUGGAUUUGCAAAGUUGGCCCUAAAGCAUCUUCAGCGGAAUACAAAGCUUUAUGGUAUCUUCCUAUGCCAUCACAAGGCCGGUGGGGGCAGCCUGAGCCGCUUGCUGAAGAUCCUGAUUAGUCAGCACUCAUCAACUCGAGUGUUUUUGGAUAGUGAUGAGUUGGAAAACUUGGACAUGCUGUUUGACAUCGUACGAACGUCAACCAAAAACCUGGUGGUUGUGCUGACCCCAGAACUAUUGUCCAGAAGCUGGUGUGCCGGAGAAAUUGUGACUGCCUGGAAGAAUGGGAUCGCCACUCUACCGUUGGUCUGUGAUGGUUUUGAACCACUCUCCGAUGAGGCACAAAAGCUAAUCCCAACACUCUGGACCCCUCACCAGAAGGUUCAGCUGGCAAGUUAUGGGGUGGAAAUGGAUGAUGUGAAUGCGGCAUACGGAUGGUUGCAGCAUGAGCUGACUUCUCUUCAGAUGCCCCGAUUUGGUCCAGUUUCUAGCCGCGAGGAUGCAGUUGUGAAGCUGCUGAAUAUUUGCGGCGUGUCUUCCCAUGGGAGGCCUUCGAAUCUUUCACGACCUCGCAUUCUUAUCGUGAGCUCCUUGCUGGAAGCUGAGUUUCUAUCGACCUGCGAGGUCUUUCAGCACCUGCUGCAAGUUGAGCUGAAUGUUGAGUGUGCUGUUGUGCAUGGGAUGUACCAGAUGACAAGUUUCAAACGAUUCGCCUACUACCUGCUAGUUCUGUUUUUUCGGGGAAUCUUCCUGGAUCAAGACUUCAACAAGUUGCUGCUCUCCGCCUCCACAGCUUGUCCUGCUUCUCGGCGGACCUUGGAAAUGGUGCCAGUCAUUGCCGACGCCAAUUUCGAUUAUCCAGGCAUUGAUGGCUUGCUGAAGAACUGCGGCAGUCCUGGUGCUCACGAAGAGCAAGUUCUUCGAAACUUGCGCACGGUAUUGGCUUUGCCUUUUACACCGCUGGCAUCAGGAGGUUUGCAGCAGAGGCAGGUGGCGGAGAUUGCGUUGCGAUGCCACCGUUAUCAGGAUUCCAUUGCUGCGGCCUCAAGUGACGAGCGCGACGAUCAAUUGGUGGAUCCGGAUCGAGCUGACCCGGCCACAUUUGGUGCCGAAUGUGCAGAUAAAUUGGUGGAAGAACCUGAGGCGCUCGACCUUGGCCAUGUGUCUUCAGUGGCUUCUGAAGUCUCUGAAGCAAUGGCGGAAGUUGCGUUUUAGUUUCAGUUGUUAAUUCACAUUUAUAUCGGAGACGCUGAAUCGCCAGCCAUUCCGGUUUUAUAGAUGGUUUAUGAUGGUGAAACCAUUUCGUGAACCUGAUGAGACUAGUGGUGUUACAAUGUCCUGUUUCACCAGUGUCAAGAAACUUGACAAGAAAUUCCUUGUGCACCAUGGUCAUCCAUAGUGAAAACUAGGAUGAUACAAUUGUCCAAGAGAUCAACCACACUUUGUAGCCGAAAAAAAUUGAACGCCCACGCUCCUUGUCGACGUUCUUGGGUUGGGAAUUAUAUUUUGUUGGCAAAGCC